CAAAUCUAGCAUCCCCGGUGCACUUGCUUGGGUGUGAUAGUUAUCUUUACCUGACUCGAGCCGGUCGAAUGAUCCGGUGUUUUUUUUGUGUUGUAUUGUUGGAAAAUUAUACGCAACGCCUACGAGUGACUUGAUGGAUAGGACAAGCAUAGUUCGCCAACAUACUUUGAACUUUCUUGGUGUAAAUUCGAGUCUAUUCAUCGAAAAUAGAGAAACAAUUGAAAGAGAUAAAAGAACCUACUGGUUAUUUAACUGAAAAUUAUCGUACCUUAAGCGAAAAGCACGGUGCCCAGCUCACGAAAAAUGUAUCCGCAAGGGACGUAUAACGUAACAACUUGAAGUGACUAAACAAAAAACGAAGCCAACGUAUAGUAUAACAACACCUAUUGUUUCGUUGUGUAAGAAAGAUAAUUCCAAAGUGCAACUGGAGCACGAUACGAUUAAUCCUUCUGUCUGUCUCCCUUACGUAUUGGGCACUUUAAGUAAACAUUUCGCUGUGGUCUGUGAGUGAAAAAAGUUUCAAUCAGAUUGUGUAAAAAAAGAUUAUAUGAAUAAUAGAACGUCGUGCUUUGUGAGAUAUUGUGGUGUGAAGUUCUGCAGAAUUACAGCUUAUUGAGUGUUCGAGAUUAUAAUAUUUCCCAACCAUUCGAUAUUUCCCAAGAUAACAAUCAUCAAAAGAAAACAAGAAUAUUAGAAGAGCUUCAACACAAUCAAAGUUUCUAUUUUUUUGUAUCUAAGAGUACACUACACACAAUACAGCGCACCACAAUUGACUACAGUAUACAACAAACGGCUGAGCCGUUUGGCCACAACUGAGGUGGACGACUGUAAUUGAGAGAAAGACUAUUUGGACCAUUUUACAAGCAAAUGUUUAUAUAUUGUUGAACCACACACACCGACACACAAACACACAAGCGAAACAAUGGCGAGCUUCUGGUCACUCAUCAAACAGUCAACGCUAAUGCAUCUGUGCUUCGCGAUAUCAUACUUCACCUCCGGACUGAUUAUUAAUACAGUACAAUGUAUACUGUACGUGGGUCUGAGACCCUUCAACAAGCGGCUAUACAGGACGAUAGGGUAUUACUUAUGUUGCUCGUUUUAUUCACAACUAGUGUUCCUGGCAGACUGGUGGUCUGGUUCCACCUUGUAUGUUUACAUCAGCGAUGAAGACCUGAAGCAUUGCGGCAAUGAACACGUCCUGCUGCUUAUGAAUCACACCUAUGAGAUAGACUGGUUAAUCGGGUGGAUGUUUUGUAACUAUGUUGGGGUGUUGGGCAAUUGUAAGGCCUACGCAAAGAAGGUUAUUCAGUAUAUCCCGACAAUCGGGUGGGCUUGGAAAUUUGCCGAAUUUGUGUUCCUGGAACGUUCCUUUGAAAAGGACAGGGAAAUUAUUGGGCGGCAAAUCAAGGAAAUUAUGGACUACCCGAGUCCUGUGUGGCUUCUGCUGAACGCUGAGGGAACGCGUUUCACCGAAAAGAAACACGAAGCAUCUGUAAAGUUCGCCCGCGAACGAGGAAUGGUCGAACUUAAGCACCAUUUGAUUCCACGAACCAAAGGAUUUACUGCGAGUUUGCCGCAUUUGCGUGGCAAAAGCUCUAUUUUGGACAUCCAACUGGCUAUACACAAAGACUCAACGGUUAAACCCACCAUCUUUAAUGUUUUGAAUGGUAAACCAAUUACUGCUUACAUGCAUGUGCGACGCAUUCCUACGGACACAUUGCCCGAAAACGAAGAAGAAGCCGCAGAAUGGCUGCAGGAACUUUUCCGCCAGAAAGAUCGUAUGCAAGAGAGCUUCCACACUCACGGUGAUUUCUUCACCGGGUCCGGCGUUCCGAAAAAGCCUGCGACCAAAUUAGUUCCUCGAUUGCACUCGCUUAUUAACAUGAUCGCAUGGAACUUAGUGACGGUGAUUCCAAUGUCAUACUAUCUUACGAAGCUGCUGAUCAGCGGUGAAAUUCUAUACUUUUCAAUCGGAGGUUCGAUUCUGCUUGCGUUUUACAUACUCAUGGUGAAAGCAAUAGGAAUGUCGAAAAUCAGCAAAGCUUCCUCGUAUGGCUCCGAAAAUGCAAAUGCCCAGAGGCAUCAAAACGGAUCUUUUGUCGACAAUGAGACAAAAACGAAAUAGAAUCAGUAGCUUUUUAUACAUAUUGCACUGUUUGUAGAAUAUAUACCGAUAUUGGGCCGAGGGCUCCAACUCGGAUCGUAGUUAAGGAAAA